GUUUGAUACGAGACCCGGUCCCUCGCUAGGUUGGGUAAUCCAACAUGGAGGCGUUGAGCAAAAGGCGCGAUAUUAGUCUGUCAGCUUUGAAGCAAAAUGAUCCUUUCAUCUCCAGCAUCGUCGACGUAACCAGUCAGGUCGCACUAUAUACUUUUAACCCCAAAUCUGGCGAGUGGGAGAAGACUGAUAUCGAAGGUACUUUGUUCGUGUACACCAGGUCUGCUUCCCCUUACCACGGCUUUACAAUCAUGAAUCGAUUAAAUAUGAAAAAUUUAGUUGAACCCAUCAACAAAGAUUUAGAGUUUCAGCUUCAAGACCCAUUUCUUCUUUAUAGAAAUUCGAAUUUGUCAAUUUACAGCAUCUGGUUUUAUGACAAGAAUGACUGUCAACGAAUUGCACAACUUAUGUCAAAGGUGGUGCAAGUGGAGGCUCAGAGAGUCCAGCAAGAAUCGCCAGGGAGAACAACUCCAAAUAAAACUAAUGGAUACGAUGAAGAAAAUGCGAUUGAUAUCCUAGAUAUGCUCAGUAAAGCCAAGGAAGAGUAUGAACAAGCAUAUCAGUUUGGUGAUUCAAGUAUUUUAUCAAGUUCACCAGGCAUACACAGCUCUGGGGGCCUAGCAAUGAAAACACCAAUAGAUGAAUGUACCUCCUCUUCAGCACACAAGCACAAGAAUGCUCUUCCAGGUGCCAAGCACUUGACUGUAGAGGAAUUGUUUGGUGCUCCUGUUCCUAAAGAACAAUUGAUAAAUUCUAAUCAAGAAACGUUGAAAUCUCAGCAAGAUGCUAAGUUAGGACGCCAGAACUUGAUGAAACCCUUCACUUAUGAGCAACCAAUAGAAAAACAUCUAGGGAGCCCUGAGAGUCUUAAUGACAAAAAUAGUUUUACUCGAUUGAAUUGCCAGGAGACCACCUUGGAUGUACUAAUGACACCAGCUGCACUCCAGAAACUUGAUAAACCUAAGUGUAUGUAUAACAUUUGUACCAGUCCCCACAUUCAUACUUCCCUGAAUUUUGAAGCUACUUCUAAUCAGACCACAUCUACCAUCAGUACCAAUGGUCAUGUUCAGAAGUUGCAACAAGAAGUCAAAACUGUUUCACCACUGAUGAUGUGCCCACUUUCCUCUGAUACAGCGUGUGCUCAUCAGAAUCCAUCUACAGGAAGUAACGCAGCUUCACAAAGACCCACGACUGAUAGAAACACUUUGGAUAUUGGAUGUCAAGGUCAUGACCUGCUUCAGAAACUGAAACUUACACAGCAGCAUGACCAGCAGCAUCAAACUCUCAGCAAACCCUCAUUAGCUGCAAAUUUUUCUCCACUACUUGUAACACCAGAGUGUUUUAAAGAACCAAAUGUCAAAACUACAGAAGUCUCAUUGCAGGUUGUUCCCACACCGACCACCUCUUCAGUUGCCCCAUCUAUGCUUUUGUCUCCCAAUAUGUUCAAACAGUCAACGGGAAUGAUUUCAGAAGCUGAAAGCAAGUAUGCUUCUGCAUCUCCAUUAACAUUAGCUUCAGAGACCCGAUCUUCACCCUUACCGACUGUUCUCAGUAAGACACAGCUUCAGGAAACAUUAACUCAUCUAAUAAAGAAUGACUCUGAUUUCCUAAACACAAUUCAUGAAGCUUAUCUACAGAUUCUGCUAAAGAACGUAGUUAACAUUAAAUAAUGAGAAGACAAAUGAGAGUGAAUAUGUUUUCAAGUACAAAUAAGCAACACAAUACUGUGAAAAUUCAACAUUUACUUUACAAUAUUAAUUAACAAUCUGUACAUUUGUAUAUUAUGAUCGUCAAACUGUUUACAUCUACAAAAUUUGCUAUUUCUAGUUAAAAUAUUGUAAGCACUUCUGUGAAAGUUUGCCAAAAUGCAAGUGUGUAUGCAUAUAGAGAAGGUAACAUCCUACUAUUAAUAACUUAAGAUACUGUGCAGCUGAUCAGCAAUGGAUGUUUCACUUUAAGUCUUUUGCUUUCUAUAAGAAUGACUAAUAAAAUUACUUGAUUUUACAUAAGUCUCAUCUGUUCCUGUUUGAAGAAAUGUCAAUGACUUUGUCACAUUGUAAUGCACAAAAUAAGCAUUUAAUUGAGAUUUUCUGUUUUUAAAGAUUCAACAGUGUUUUAAGAGCAAUAAUGUAUUUUGCUUAGAUGCAAAGGAAAGUGUUAUAAUGAUUUAAACAUUCUUGCAAUUAAUUUGAAAUAAUAUACAAAUAGUAUUUGUAUAGAAGUGACAGAAUAGUCAUAAAUAAAGGUAGACAGUAAACAGGAUACUACAAUUGUGUAUUGCAACUAGUUUUUUCUCCAAAUAAUCAAGUGUCAUCUCUCCACACUGCCCCUGAAUGCUUAUUUUGCCUUGUAGAUCCAGUUAUAGAUUUAACAGUAGCAAUGUCAUAAGUAGAAUUCAAAGUCACACUAUGCUCUAAAAUAAAAUAGCCCUUUUAUGUUAACAUCAGUUUCACGUGCUUAUUUUGACUAUAAAGAUGUUUCUCUUGGGAUUAGGCUUAUACCCUAUUUCAAUAUCACCUCCUGACUUUGUGGUUUAAUAUGGGUUUGGAUGUAUGAAUCAAAAAUACAUUUUCGUAAUUCUUAUGAUAAAUUUGUAAAAUUGCAUGGUUUGUAAUAGGCAAAUUGAACCCUCACUUUUCCAAACAAAGUAUUUUUGUCACUUGUGGUCAUUAAUUUUGAAAAUAGUUAAUUUGUAUACCAUGUGGCAACAUGUUUAAUUUAAAACGACAAAUCGAAGUAUGUGCACAAGAGACUUUCAAUGUAAAAGAGAUGAAGUGUACAAAUUUAUUUUGUACAAUUUGUAAUUGUCUAUUCAUGGUCUUACAUAAAGACAGUAUAUUACUGUUAAAUUUAAUUGAUAAAGUGAAACGAAGACUUCAGUUUGAACAAUGUCUAGCUGCAUGUAUGUCAGUUGCUCAA